AUGGAACUGUAUCCUCAGAAAGCUGAGGGCAGAGAACAACACGAGACCCCACUCUUCGGAUCGGACCACACAGUUAAAGGCAGAACCAAGGACAUCAUGCAGGAUAGAGAGGAUGAGUAUCGUGAGGAGUCGAAGGAGGUGAGACAAACAGGAGAGGAUGAGUAUCGUGAGGAGUCGAAGGAGGUGAGAGAAACAGGAGAGGAUGAGUAUCGUGAGGAGUCGAAGGAGGUGAGAGAAACAGGAGAGGAUGAGUAUCGUGAGGAGUCGAAGGAAGUGAGACAAACAGGAGAGGAUGAUUAUCGUGAGGAGUUGAAGGAGGUGAGACAAACAGGAGAGGAUGAGUAUCGUGAGGAGUCGAAGGAAGUGAGAGAAACAGGAGAGGAUGAUUAUCGUGAGGAGUCGAAGGAGGUGAGAGAAACAGGAGAGGAUGAGUAUCGUGAGGAGUUGAAGGAGGUGAGACAAACAGGAGAGGAUGAUUAUCGUGAGGAGUCGAAGGAGGUGAGAGAAACAGGAGAGGAUGGGUAUCGUGAGGAGUCGAAGGAGACAGAGGUCAACAUCUGGACAAGAGUCAACAUCUGGGGGAGUGUGCACCUGUAG